ACGAAGAUCGACCGGUAGAUCGAGAGCUUUUCCCUCCGGCUCAGCUCUGUUUUCGUCACAACGGUGCGGUAAAGCGAAUGCAGGAGAGUCAUUGCCUCUGAUUUAAUGUUUAGAGUUAGGGUAUGUUCAGAUCAUCUUAAAUUAAACAUUUAGGUAUUGUACUUCCAGCCCACGUGCCAUCCCGACUCUUAUCCAGGAGGUGAUCUUGAGGUGUUUCUUAUAUUUAAGUGGGUGUGUUGUUUGGUGUGCAAGUCCCAGAUAGAUCUUUGUCAUGGCUGUGAAGUCCUAGGUGGCAAAUAAUUGCCUAACAAUAAUACAAUUAACAAUAGGGCAAUCUACAUGGUAUGAUCAUAGUAAACAUAACUGUUUUAAAGUUUAACAAAUGUAUUGUAUAAUAUAAUAAUACGUACUUAUAUAAUAAGGAAGUUGCAUUCUGGCUAAAAAAUGAGGAAAUAGCACAUCACUAGCCACUACUCAAAUAGCUCUGUCACAAACACUCACAAAGGCACUCACCUCCAAUCUACCGACUUUGUGCACAUGGCUCCUUUUCUUGUUAUCGUUGUUACCCUCUGUGGACUCACAGGAACUCACAGCCUCACUACGGUGAGUGAAGAAGUGUCUGUGAAAGUAGGGGCCAGGGUUUCCAUUCCAUGUCUAUACCAACCAAGCCAUAAGAACCAUGUUAAGUACCUUUGUAAAGGAAGGGUUUGGUUUGUAUGUGAUAAAAUAAUCACAACCAACUCAGGGAGUAGUUUUCCAGAAGGCCAGUACACAAUCUCUGAUGACCCGGACCAAGGGGUCUUCACAGUAUCCAUCACAAGCCAAGAGGAGGGAACGCAAUCCUACUGGUGUGCUGUGGAGAUACCUGAUGCCUCAGAUGAGAAAACAUGCUUCCAACUUUUAGUGUCCGAAGACGAGUCCAGUCUGUAUGUGGAUCAACAGGAAAUAAUAGGAUUUGAUGGAGAUAGAAUAAAUAUCAGUUUUCACUCUAAAAAACACGGCAAACCAGGAUGGUGCGAACUGGACCACUGCAAGGAGCAACAGGAUGGCUUUAUUGAAGGUUCACAAUACUCAAUUGAUGCAAGCAAACAAGGUGUUUUUGUGGUGACUAUGAAAGACCUAGACAUGGAAAGCAGUGGUUGGUACAUUUUUUCCCAAGGAAAACGAAAUAUGCCAAUACAUCUUACCGUUGCUGUAAAUUCAAAGACAACGAAUACACCAACCUCAACAACUGUGAGCACUUUGUCAGAUGUGUCCACUAAAAAGAUUACAGAGAAGAAACCUGAUGUUCCGAGAAACAACCUAAAGAACCUGCUCCUUCCUUUGGGCAUAUUGCUGUUCAUUAUAUCAGUGGUCCUGUUGGUUUCGUGGAUGUUCCACAGGCGAGCCAAAAGAAAACUUACAGCAAUCACAGUGUCGUCUGAAACAGACGUUGUUUAUAGUAGCGUGAUUCCGAUGCAUUCCAGGGCAGCACAGAAUAAACCUACUGGUGACAUGAAUCUCAAGAAAAACCCAAAGGAGGAUGGAAAUAUAACAUACAGUGUUAUUGGCCCCCAUCCAAGAAUAUAAGGUAUAAUAAAUCAUCCAUGCCAUUCAAUUGACCAUACGCUGGUGACUUCAACACUGAAGAUGACUUUCCUUCGCAUUUUGAGUAGGCUCCUAUUUAUCUUACAUGUAUACAAUAUAAAUGUGUCCUCCCUGUAAACUAUCCAGAAAAUAUCCACUAGUAAUUAUUGCCAACUGUGUCCUCCCCCCCCAAACACACACACACAGAAACAUAUACACACCUAUACGCCCCCCGCCCCCAAACAAACACACACACACACACACACACACACACACACACACACACACACACACACACACACACACACACACACACACACACACACACACACACACACACACACACACACACACACACACACACACACACACAGGAGCAAGGAUGAGUUUAUUUUUUAAACCCAAAAUAAUAGUUUAUAUAUCUUUUAGCUUGGAUUGUUUCUAAAUGUAUCUGAAGACAAUAUUUGCUAUUGCAAUGGGCCUACAUCUUGCAAAAAAUCCGUACCUAAUAAGUUAUUAACUUAAGUACUCAACAACUUCACAUGCUAAGUGCUAAGAAAUGUAUGUAGGCCUAUGUAUUUAAUAUUAUUUGUUUGUAUGCUACUUGUACAUAAAUAAGCCAUGUCCUGUGUCCACGUAAUUGGGGUAAAAAUUGCAACGUGUAAACACUUUAAAAAUAAAGCCUUUCUAUUCUACUCUGCUAUAUUUUACUGAACUAUAUUCAUUAUGUAACUGCAUAUUUUUCUUAUGAUCAUAUGGUAAUUAAAACAUUUGGUGAGUGUGCU